GUGCCUAUAGAGAGGCUGUUGUCCUAGUCGGAGGAAGGCGGGGAGUGAAGAUCCUGACUUCUCCUCCCACUGGUGAGGACACAUCCACCAAACGCUGCUGAAGAAUCCAGGAUCCCAGAGCCAGGAAAAUCAGGAUUUCUCAGUGGUGGUCUUAUCGUCUUGGACGCUGGUCACGUGAUGCUGGCGACGGUCCUGACCCUCGUGGCCGUACUGGUAUGCGUUGUCUCCCUGGUCGUCUGGCGAGUGCGUACCAACGCUGAUUGGGCGCUCUGGUGGCACGACAACUACCUGGAACGAAUACGAGACUUUCUUACCGGAACCACUCGGCCUGUAAGGAUCCUGCAGCAUGUACAGCGCAGUGCCAAGCAGGGAGAUGCCCUCAGCGUCAUCACUGCCAUAGAUUCCUAUUGCUCCAAGGUGGAAUGGGCCAUGAAUGUCGGAGAUAAGAAAGGUGAGAUCCUCGACACAGUGGUAUUAGAGACUCGUCCCCGUUAUGUAUUGGAGCUUGGCACAUACUGUGGAUAUUCAACUUUGAGGAUUGCCCGUCUGCUGCCCCCUGGUGCUCGACUUAUUACUAUAGAAAUGAACCCUCACUAUGCUCAGGUGGCUAGGGAAAUAUUUCAGUAUGCAGGACUGGAUGCACAGCUACCCCCUAUAUCUGAUUUUCCACUACCUUCCACACCUCCGUCCUCUUGCCUUCAGGCAGAGCAGAACGCCAUGCAGUCCGCUUGCCACCAGCGCAAGUGGCGUCUCCAGGAAGCCCUAAUCUAUACCACAUUACACUGUCUGCAGCUGCCACUUCAGCUGUUUGCUCGCACUCCUCAGUACCCGCUGAGUCCUUCGUCACUUCCUGCACAAGGAAAAUCUGCAGAGAAGCUGCCAAAGGGUCCCAUAUGCAAGGUGGAGCUGCUGGUCGGAUCCAGCACAGUCCUCAUUCCUCAGCUGAAAAAGAAACUGGACAUAGAAAAGUUUGAUCUGGUGUUUAUCGACCACUGGAAGGUCAGUUACCUCCCCGACACCAAACUGCUGGAGGAAUGCGGCUUGUUAAAAGCGGGCACCGUUCUCCUGGCCGAUAACGUCAUUUGUCCCGGAGCUCCGGAUUAUCUGGAGUAUAUACGGAACUGCCCGCGCUACCGGAGCCAGUGUUUCCCAGCACAGCUGGAGUACCUGCAGGUGGAGGACGGCGUGGAGAAGUCGGUCUUCUUAGGAUGAUGGACUUCGUGCUGUAGAAGAUGCCAAGUCCAUGUACUCAACAACAAAGAGCUUGGUCCAGAGAACGUGAAUGGGCUCGGGACAUAAGGCAAUAUCCGAGGGGGAGGAUUUUGGUGGUUGUCAUCAAGUUCCCAUUCCACUGCCCCCUCUCUAGAUUAGGAACAUCAUUGCAGUGCCACAAUGGAGGUGGCGGCUCGGUAUUUGAUUAUUCUGGCAUCCUCAUAGGGUUACAGCCCAUUUCCAUCACCAGGUCAAGUCCCUGGGUAUAGACAUUUAAUUUUUUUGCCUGAAAACGUCUACUUGGAAAUGUUAAGAAUAUUUACAUAAAAUAAAAAAAAAGUCAUUUCA